AAUGCUAUAAACUUACCAUUAAUAUUUAUAAUUUUUUCUAACAUUUUUUGGACAGGUGGAAAUUCAGCAACUUUUACCAUUUUAAAUCAAUGUGAUUACACGGUGUGGCCGGGACUUUUGUCCGGCGCCGGCACAUCACAGCCCUCCACUACCGGCUUCGUUCUUGAGAAAGGACAGUCCAACGCCAUCACCAUGCCGCCGGGUUGGUCCGGCCGCAUUUGGGGGCGCACUUAUUGCUCCCAAGAUGCCACCGGCAGAUUCACUUGCGCCACUGCCGACUGCGGCUCCGGCACUGUUGAAUGCAACGGUAACGGUGCUACCCCGCCCGCCACCCUUACCGAGUUCACUCUCAAUGGUGCGAAUGGGCUCGAUUUCUACGAUGUCAGCCUUGUAGAUGGCUACAACGUGCCCAUGUUAAUCACCCCACAAGACGGAACAGGUGGGGGAAACUGCACAACAAUUGGAUGUGCAACAGAUUUAAACAGCGAAUGUCCGGCGGAACUAAGAGUGGUGUUGAGCGACGGAGGUGAAAGAAGCGUAGCAUGUAAAAGCGCAUGUGAGGCUUUUGGUGAUGCACAAUAUUGUUGUAGUGGUGAAUAUGGCAGUCCAAAUACUUGCCGUCCCUCAUCUUAUUCACAGUUCUUCAAAUCCGCAUGUCCACAUGCUUAUAGUUAUGCCUACGAUGACGGUACCAGCACAUUCACUUGCACUGCCGCCGAUUACCUCAUCACCUUUUGUCCUCCUUCAGAUAGGUGAGUAAUAGGUGUUUUGUCCCUAUAAAAAUGGUAUAAAUUUUUUCGAACAAACAACUUAAUUGAUUUUUUAGAGAAGCGUAGGGACUUGUAAUUUUAUCUUGAUCGAAAUUUGUAGGUGUGAUGACUAAUAGAUAGUUACGCAGAAACGCGCAAGCCCCACGGGCAGCGGACAGCUCAAGAG